CGCGGGCGGCGGCGGGCCAUGGCGGCCGCGUGGCUCGUGGCGCUGCUGGGCGCGCUUCUCUGGGCGGGCCGCGCGGCGCGGGCGCUCUACUUCCACAUCGGGGAGACGGAGAAGCGCUGCUUCAUCGAGGAGAUCCCGGACGAGACCAUGGUCAUCGGCAACUACCGGACGCAGCUGUGGGACAAGCAGGCCGAGGCCUUCCUGCCCUCCACGCCGGGGCUGGGCAUGUUCGUGGAGGUCCGGGACCCGGACGCCAAGGUGGUUCUCUCCCGGCAGUACGGCUCGGAGGGCCGGUUCACCUUCACCUCGCACACCCCCGGGGAGCACCAGAUCUGCCUGCACUCCAACUCCACGCGCCUGGCGCUCUUCGCAGGAGGAAAGCUGCGGGUGCACCUGGACAUCCAGGUGGGGGAGCACACGAAUAACUACCCCGAGAUCGCCGCCAAGGACAAGCUGACGGAGCUGCAGCUGCGAGCCAGGCAGCUCCUGGACCAGGUGGAGCGGAUCCAGAAGGAGCAGAACUACCAAAGGUUCCGAGAGGAGAGGUUCCGCAUGACCAGCGAGAGCACGAACCAGCGGGUGCUGUGGUGGUCUAUUGCACAGACUGUCAUCCUCAUUCUUACAGGCAUUUGGCAGAUGAGACACCUCAAGAGUUUCUUUGAAGCCAAAAAACUGGUUUAAUUUCUUCAACAUCACAGAUGUCAUUAUUCACCAAUGCCCCACUGUUACUUUCCAUUGAACACAUUUUGAUUUUUCUGGAUUUAAGUACUAAACUGAGCAAGCAGCACGGCAGACAAUACCCUUGCCCAAUUAUAUGGACCAUUAUCCAUGAAAGCAUCUGAAAGCAUCUCAUAUUUUUGUGCGUUGAAAUGGGUGAGGCUAGUGGCGAGUUAGGGUAGCCUGCCUCGGUUGUCACGCUUUCCUGGAACAUUCCAAGAUGCUGCUUUACAAAAGGCUGGGAAAGUUCCCCUCCAUCACUUUUGUGAUUGUUGCAAUUUGCUUAAGAGCUUCUGUUCUAAUAGCCCCUAUAACUCUAGAACUAUUCAACAAAGUACAAAGGGAAAAUUAGAUUUACAUCAGAAUUGUAUUAUAUGCCUUCUCUUCAGAUAUUAUGGGUUUAAAUAUCGUUUAGUGUUUCAGUGGUUGUCAGGCAGCCAAGGGAUUGAAUGAUUUCUUGCAGCAGCUUCCCUUCAAUCUCUUUGUAGUUCUCAGUUUUCUAAGCAGAGAAUUUGUCUUGGCUGCAGAAUCAGUGCAAAUGAGGGAGCAGUAGAAGUUCCCUCCAGGUUUAUUGUGAAGUGUGAAUAAAGGAGCCCCUUAAAUUUUCAGAUAGUUUGAAUUGGGAGUACUAUCGUCAGAUGGAGAUAUUCCUUGGAGAGCACAGAAAGGAAAUUCCCCAUCAGGUGGUGGUCUCCCAUUAAAUAAAGACAUCCUUUUUGCCAGCCUUCCUCUGAUUUGGAAAUAGAACCUGUAAAUAAUCCAGCUACAGAACAACAGUACUGCGGUUUGGCAGCAAAAUUAGACCUUUGAAGUGGGACCCAGAAAUGAGCAUUUUUUCCUUCUCUGCUAGUUUGGGCAAGUUUGUUGUAAGGCCUAUUUGUUACAGUUUUGGAGUGAAAUAAAGCUUUUCUGCAA